GGGCUGGUGUGUGUUCUGUCCUCAUCAUGGGCUCUUUAUGGGUCUUCCUGCUGGUUCUGCUGGUCAGGGUUGAGUUCUGCAGUGGUGUGUGUCCACGUCAGUGCGCAUGUUCUGCUCCUGCUGAAGUUCACUGCACUUUCCGUGCGCUGCUCGCUGUUCCUGCCGGCAUCUCCAAACACGUCCAGCGCAUCAACUUUGGGUUUAACACCAUCAGUCAGAUCACAGACGCCUCUUUCCGUGGCCUUCGAAAGCUGGAGCUGCUGAUGAUGCACGGGAACAACGUGCAGAAAAUACCAGACGGUGCUUUUCAGGAUCUAGUUUCAUUACAGGUUUUAAAAAUGAGCUACAAUAAGCUGACAGUCAUCACUGAUCGCACCUUCUCUGGUCUGACGGGCAUUAUCAGACUCCACCUGGACCACAACCACAUCUCCUCCAUCCACCCGCAGGCGUUCCUGGGCCUGACGUCUCUGCGUCUGCUGCACCUUGAGGCCAAUCAGCUUCAGCAGCUCCAUCCACACACCUUCAGCACGUUCUCAGUGCUGCGGCGGUUCCCCGUGUCUACGCUGAAGCACCUGUACAUCUCUGAUAACCUGCUGCAGACGCUGUCCCGGAGCGCGCUGGAGAACACGCCUCAGCUGGAGAACCUGCUGCUGAUGGGGAACCCCUGGAGCUGCGACUGCCGCAUGCGCUGGCUGCAGGACUGGAGCGCCCGACAUCCAGGUGUGAUGAAAUGCAAGAAGGACAGAACAUUUACCAGCGGUCAGCUUUGUCCACUUUGUGCAUCUCCUAAACACCUCAAAGCAGCAGACAUGUUGGAUCUAAAGCAGUUCGUUUGCUCUGGACCAUCAAUAAUCUCUCCAGGAAAAAACAUCUCUGCAGAGGACAUCAUCAGUGAACUCCUGCCCAUCGACAGAAUCAAGCCAGCUUUCGGGAACAUCUCCUUUACACUCUCUGAUGAACACGGCACUAAAGUAGACCUGAUCUGCCAAAUACUACAACCACAAGACUCCACUACAAUCAGCUGGGAUUAUACUAAAUCUCUGCAGAUCGCGGCUAAUGUGACGCUAGUUUUAGACGUGGAGUGUCCAGUGAGCAGAGAAGACUAUGAAAGCUUCUGGAGGCUUCUUGCGUAUUACAGUGAAGCGCCUGUACAUCUCAGAAGAGAAAUCAUGCUCAGCAGAGAGCCAGAGUUGAGUUAUCGAUACAGGCAAGAUGCUGAAAAAGACGGGUUUUUUUACACCUCGCUCAAAGCUAACGUUUUAGCCCAUCCAUCAUGGCUCAUGCAGUCUUUAAUGAGCAUCAAGUUAAAUAGGCCAUAUUCCACAUCCAAAAGCGUGAGGCUAAUCCUGAGCACGCAGUUGAUGACAAAUGCAGACGAGGAGAAUUUCAGACCUUGGGUCAUGAUUGAAAAUGAUAAUAAAACCCAGACGAGUUUUGCGAGUGUUGUUGGUGGUGUGGCUGAAAUGCACUGUCGUGUUCAAAGCUCUGGAAAUGCAGUGAUUUAUUGGAUGUUUCCCAAUGGGUCGAAGAUUAAAUCUGCAUUUAAUUCAAUUGAUGGUAGAGUUAGCAUCUCUAGUAGUGGUGAACUUUACAUUAAGGCUAUUGAGCACAGAGAUUCUGGAGUUUAUUAUUGCAUUGCUGAAGUUGACGGAGACGUUGAUGUUCUGCCUUUUCGUUUAUCAGUAAUUGAGUCUUCAAAUCCUCUUCCCAAUCAAGAAGUUGGGAAUUCUUUAAGCAGGUUUAUUGGUCAGUCUGCAGUUUUGACAUGCCUUACUAAGGCAUCACCAGAUGCUAAAAUAAAUUGGAUAUUUCCAGAUGGAAGUUUGCUGAAUACAAAAGCAAACACAUCCAAAGCUUUUCUCUUCCCCAAUGGGACUUUAUCCAUUCCUGUUAGCCAGCUUAAUAAUAAUGGAUAUUAUAAGUGUGUGGCGAUGAAUAACCACGGUGUGGAUGUGUUUUCCACCAAACUAACAGUCAUGAGGCGGAAGUUAAUCCAGCCGCUGAGACAGUAUCCCAUCAUCAGGCCACAGUCGGCUGCAGGAGUCUCCACUAAAGUAAAAGCAUUUCUGGAGGACAUGGAAGAAGCUUCUGGAGAUAUUUCUGAAACUCGAUUAACAGCAAAUCGAAGAAGGCGUCCGAAUGCACGUAGGUUUGGGAACAUUCGACAUAGACGGCCCUUUAGGAACAGAGCUGGUUCACCAAACCAAAGAUCUGUUAAUACCAAGAAUAAAAUAGACCCUCAGAAAUGGGCUGAUCUUUUAACCAAAAUCAGAGCGAAAGCAUCAGAAAACCACAAAAGUCUACAAUCGGGAUUAAUCGACAACACUGAAAGCUCUUCAGGAGACUCCGGACCACAGGAGGAGUCGAAGACUUUCAACACGGAUGUUUACCACUCACCUCAAAUUAAAGGACGUGAUGAUGAUAACAUUUACCAAACCACACCUUCAGAAUUGCACACUAGAUCAAACCAAGUGCUUUACAUCUCACAUCCCACAUCUGCACCUCAUUAUGUUACGACACAUGUACAAGACAGACAGACGAGCACUGUAAAUGCUGAAAAUAACCAAAUACUCUCAGAGUCUGUCAUCAAACCUGAGUUGGAGACAGAAAAUGAGCUUAAUUUGCCUGGCGUCAAGUCUCAGAUUAAGGGUUUUGAUUCUGGAGGACUUGACAGAAAUUUAUUUGCAACAGCAGGCAGCGUUAGAUUGAGUUCCCCACCAAAUUCAACACAAUCAAGAGGGAGGGAUCGAUGGAGAUUUGGAGGUAGGCGACGGAUAAAAUUUCGAAGGCCAAUCUCAAACCUUCCUACAAGAAGAGUAUGGUCAACAUCUACAAGUGCAAGAGUUAAUGCUGUAACUCUGAAAACAGAUGACCGAGUUAAAGAUGCAUUAUUUUAUCCAACUACUCCAUCCAAAGUUCUUACUGAAAGCACAUCUGUCAAUCUGACUAUCCCAGUCACAUUGCAUAUUUACUCUACAACCUUAUCUAGAGGUAUUUCAAUCAAUCCAACUCAGUCUUCUCACAUUUAUCUAACAGAACACAAUGACUUAACAAAUAGAAUUGAGGAAAAUAUUGAUGACAAAGUGAAGGCAAGUAACUUCCAUCAAACUCAAGAUAUGCCAAACUCUGGAUUUCACCCCACAAUAUCAACAAAUGCAUCUGCAGUUUUGAGGUUAGCAAAUGAAGACAUUAUUUCUUUAGAGAAAGAGGAGCAGGACAGUAGCUUUGCAUCUGCAGAGGAGAUGGAUGAGUAUAUAGUUCCCACGAGAAAACAUCCAACAUCUCGACUUGGCGCUGAAACCGUCCCACUGACAACUCCUCGGCUGGAAUUCACAAGCAGGCUUUCUGCACACAUACCGAAGAUGGAUCCAACAGAGAUCAGCUUUACUGUACACACAGACAGACUGGAUGACUUCCACUUACCUGAAUCACAUUUUAGAGAUGUUUUGAGAGAGAACAAAUCUUUGGACAUAACUAGUGCAAGAGAAAGUGUUACUUCUUCUGAAGAAUCUGUAGUCUCCUCCAUACUAAAAUCUCAAAACUAUCCUCUUUCAAACCCAAAUCAAAGCUUCAAAGAAGAAUCAAUACCUUUAUUAACAACAUCAACUCCAAAACAAUCUGCAAUAUCUGUUGGAACUCAAAUCAAGACUUUAGACAGAAAUGCAUCUGUAGUUUCCUCCACACUACGAACUCAAAACUAUCCUCUUUCAAACCCAAAUCAAAGCUUCAAAGAACAAUCAGUACCUUUAUUAACAGCAUCAACUCCAAAACAAUCCAUAAUAUCUGUUGGAACUCAAAUCAAGACUUUAGAUGCAAAUUUGCCAAACGUGUUAUAUGAAAGUGUUAUUUCUACAGAAGAAUCUGUAGUUUCCUCCACACUACGAACUCAAAACUAUCCUGUUUCAAAACAAACUCAAAGCUUCAAAGAAGAAUCAGGACCUUUAUUAACAACAUCAACUCCAAAACAAUCCAUAAUAUCUGUUGGAACUCAUAUCAAGACUUUAGACAGAAAUACACAGAUGAAAGUGUUAAGUGAAAGUAUUACUUCAGAAGAAUCUGUAGUUUCCUCCACACUACAAACUCAAAACUAUCCUCUUUCAAAACCAAAUCAAAGCUUCAAAGAAGAAGAAUCAAUACCUUUAACUAUUGGAACUCAAAUCAAGACCUUAGACACAAGUUUGCCAGUUAAAGUGUUAAAUGGAAGUAUAACUUCAGAACGAUCUCAAAAUGAUCCUCUUUCAAAACCAAAUCAAAGCUUAAAAGAAGAAAAAUCUGUAUUUUUAUUAACUUCAAAUCAAUCCAUAAUAUCUUUUGGAACUCAAACAGAGUCUUUUGAUGCAAGUUCUCCAAUGCCCGCUAUUACUACUCCUAAAGAAACAAAUGAGAUUGCUUUCUUACAACCCGACCUUGUUUCUAGGGUAGACCAAAGUGAAAGAUUAGACCCCAAACUUAAACUUACAACAUCAGUUAACACUAGAACAACACCACCAUCAACUACAUCCACAUUAUAUUCUACUACUACUACUCCUGUUGUAAAGUUAGCACCCAGGUAUCCCUUACCAGACAACCAAAUCCCAAUUUUCUCCAAAAAUCCUGGAACAAGCUACAUAGGGGGAAGAAUUCCUAGCACUAAUCAUAGGUAUCCAUACUAUCACAGUAGAAAUUUUAAACCAAAUAUUGACAAAAUGCCAUCUCUAACCACUUUACCUGUGGAUUUAAGCAUCAUCAAAUCAACUAUAACACCUAAAACACUUAUUAGAUCAAAGAUUUCAAGCUUCACAACUGCGAGCACCACUCAACCAAACAACCAAAUUCAGAUUCAGGAUUUAAUGAACAGACAGUCGAGUCUUCCAGUCCUGCAGAUGAGACCCAGGAUCACAGAUGAUAAACUUCAUACAGUGUCUGUGAAUGCUGGGACGGAUGUGCAGUUACCGUGCGAUUCUGUAGGGGAGCCGAAACCACUCUUAACUUGGACCAAAGUCUCCACAGGAGCCGUGAUGUCAACAAACACCAAAAUCCAGCGGUUCGAGGUCCACCCCAAUGGCACUUUUACCAUCAGAAACGUCCAUCUUCAGGACCGCGGUCAGUAUCUCUGCAGCGCUAGCAAUGCCCACGGCACAGAUAAGAUGAUGGUGACGCUAGUGGUGUUAGCUCACAUUCCCAGGAUGACGAGUCCACGCCAUCAAGACGUAACGGUGUAUUUAGGAAACACUGCGCUCCUGCAAUGCCAAGCACAAGGACUCCCAAUCCCCAACAUCAGCUGGAUGCUUCCAGACCGCUCAAUGCUGCGCAGUGUUAGCAGCACACAACAGAAGAUCAUGCUAUUGGCUAACGGCACGCUUCAAAUCAAGCAGACUAAUUAUUUAGACAAGGGUGUUUAUAAAUGCAUAGCUAGCAACGCAGCUGGAGCCGACAUGCUUUCUGUGAGGCUUCAGGUCACAGCAUUGGCUCCAGUUAUUCAAGAGCAGCGAUGGGAAAACUAUACGCUUUCUGAUGGCCAUGCUGCGCUAAUUCAUUGCACUGCUAACGGCGCACCAAGUCCAACGGUCCGUUGGGUUACGUUUUCAGGCAUGCAGCUUCGGCCGUCUCAGUUUGUGAACAGCAACUUAUUCGUGUUUCCCAACGGGACGCUGUUUAUCCGCAACCCCACAGCGAAGGAUUCUGGGAUUUAUGAGUGCGUGGUGGUGAAUUCGGUGGGCAUGGCUAAAAGGAGCGUCAAUCUGCAGGUGAAGAGGAACUCUGGCUCCGCACGCAUUUUGUCCACUUCUGCACACAGCACUGAUGUUCAUUACGGAGAUCAGCUGAGUCUUAACUGUUCAGCUUCUGGAAGUCCCACUCCCAGGAUCAUCUGGAGGACGCCGGCGAAAAAACUGGUUGAUUCAUAUUACAGCUUUGACCGCAGAAUGAAGGUGUUGUCUAACGGCACUCUCACCAUCACCUCAGUGACGGAGCAGGACGAGGGCGAAUAUCUCUGUGCAGCCAGAAAUAAUGCUGGCGAUGACUAUGUACUCCUCAAAGUCGGCGUGAUGAUGAAAGCGGCUAAAAUCGACCACAAAUCUCAGAGCGAGCACAAGGUGUCGUACGGCGGAGAGCUGAAAGUGGACUGCAUCGCUUCUGGACUUCCCAAUCCAGAGAUCAGCUGGAGUCUCCCAGACGGCACCAUGAUCAACAGUGUCCUGUCUUCUGAUGAAAACACGAUCAGAGCUAAGAGGUACGUGAUAUUCGAUAACGGUACACUGUAUUUAAACGAAGUAGGAAUGAAGGAGGAAGGCGACUACACAUGCUACGCCAAAAACCAAGUGGGAAACGAUGAAAUGAAAGUCCACAUUAAGGUGUUAGCAGAUGCACCUAUCAUUCGACACAAUGCUUAUAGUGUCAUCAAAGUUAAUUAUGGAGAAACGGCGAUCUUGAACUGCAGCGCUAAAGGAGAGCCGACUCCUAUGAUCACCUGGAUAUCUCCGGAUAAGAAGGUCAUAGUGCCAAUAUCAAAUAAAUACCAGAUCUCCAACGAUGGCACUCUUCUCAUACACAAAACACAGAAGAUCAACUCUGGGAAUUACACUUGCGUGGCCAGGAGUGUUGUGGGAACUGAUAAGAAAGUGGUUUUUGUUCAAGUCCUUGUUUUUCCGCCGGUCAUUAAUGGAUUUGCGAGUCCUGGGGUUAUCCGUAAGACUGCUGUAAGAGAUCAACGUGUGCUUUUUGAUUGUAAAGCAAAUGGAAACCCAUUCCCUAGAAUUAUAUGGCUGUUUCCUAAUAACGUUGUGCUUCCAGCACCAUACUAUGGCUCUCGAGUUACAGUUCACCGUAACGGUACACUAGACAUUCAUGCUGUUCGCAUGAGCGACUCCGUUGAGCUCUUUUGCAUUGCACGAAAUGAAUUUGGAGAAACCAAACUACGUGUUAAACUAGAGGUGACGGAGGAUAUUAUAAAGCCACGAUUAAGAAAUUCCCCUACUGACUCGAUCCAAUUGAUCAUUGGAAAACCAACCACUCUAAACUGUUCAGUUGAAGGAAAUCCUGCUCCACAAAUCACCUGGACUCUCCCCAACGGGACGUCUCUUUAUCAGGGAACCACUUUUUUUCAGUUUCACCAUCGAUCAGAUGGAGCUCUGCUUAUUAAAGAGCCAUCACCUUCUGAUGCAGGACUUUAUAGAUGUGUUGGACGCAAUAGCGCCGGAUUUGUUGAACGAAACGUAACACUGAUGUCCAAUAGAAAGCCAGAGAUCACCAAUCAGUACAGCUCUCUCCUCAGCAUCAUCAAUGGAGAAGAUCUGCGUCUGGAUUGUGUAUCGAAUGCUCAUCCGCCAGCCAAACUCACAUGGAUGCUCCCGAGCGGAGUCAUCCUGAGCAGAGCACAGUCAUCCGGGCGUUAUUCAGUGCUGAGCAACGGCACGCUGAGCAUCCAGAGGACAUCAGUGUACGAUAGAGGAAUGUACCACUGCCAGAUCUCCAAUGAUCACGGCUCCUCCAGUUUAUCAGUGUCUGUCAUCGUAAUCGCCUAUCCUCCACGUAUAACCAGCGGGCCGGCGGCGGUGACGUAUGCGCAAGUGGGAGUAGCGCUCACACUGGACUGCAGGUCUUUAGCUUCACCGCGGGCGGAGGUGGUCUGGCAGAUGCCGGACGGGCUGCAGCUGAAGGUGGACGUCCAGCCACGACUCUAUGGGAAUAAACAUCUGCAUCCACAGGGAGCGCUGCAGAUCCACAGCCCAUCCAGCAGAGACAGCGGCGUUUAUAAGUGCACCGCCAAAAACGUGCUGGGCAGCGACAGCCGCUCCACAUAUGUUUAUGUGUUCUGAUGCAAACGGACAUACAGACACGCCCAGACAACUGAGACACAGACACGCCCAGACAGCUGAGACACAGACACGCCCAGACAACUGAGACACAGACACGCCCAGACAACUGAGACACAGACACGCCCAGACAACUGAGACACAGACACGCCCAGACAGCUGAGACACAGACACGCCCAGACAACUGAGACACAGACACGCCCAGACAACCGAGACACAGACACGCCCAGACAGCCGAGACACAGACACGCCCAGACAGCGGAGACACAGACACGCCCAGACAGCGGAGACACAGACACGCCCAGACAGCGGAGACACAGACACGCCCAGACAGCUGAGACACAGACACGCCCAGACGGCUGAGACACAGACACGCCCAGACAGCUGAGACACAGACACGCCCAGACAGCUGAGACACAGACACGCCCAGACAACUGCAUCACACUGUGCUGACUUUAUUACUACAGCUGAAGUCCAAAUAUAAAAUUAAUUGUUUUCUUUUUAUUUAUAUUUAUAUAUAUAUGUCCUAAGUGGUGUUUAACUGAGAGACAUUCAAAACAUUUUUAAUUAUGAUAGUUUUAGUAACUAAUUUCUUUUAUCUUUGUCCUGAUGACAGUAAAUAAUAAUAGACUAGAUAUUCUUCAAGACACUAGUAUUCAGCUUAAAGUGACAUUUAAAGGCUUAACUAGGGUAAUUAGGGUAAAGUUAGGGUAAUUAGGCAAGUCAUUGUAUAACAGUGGUUUAAUAAAACUGCUUUUAUUCUAGCCGAAAUAAAACAAAUAAGACUUUCUCCAGAAGAAAAAAUAUUAGAGGAAAUACUGUGAAAAAUUCUGUUCAACGUCAUUUGGGAAAUAUUGACAAAUAAAUUCAGAGGGUGGCGAAUAAUUCCCCUUCAGCUGUGUAUGACGGAGGUAUUCUGGGUUAUUAUAAACACUGACUGUGUUGUAAAUAUGAACACUUCAGAUUAUUAAAUCUCUUCAAAUGAAUCAGCUAAAAUGAGCAAUAAAUGAGCUUGUCAUUUCCAUUUCAAUAUUGAAAUAUCUCUACAGUGAGUUGCUCUUGAGAAGGAAUACUUGUAUGUGAUGAAUAUUUGGCAAUGUGGCGUCGAAUUAUUAGAAAAUAAAAUGACACAAUAUAAAGUAAGUUUUUUAUUUACUUUAUUAUAAAAAAAUUUUAAUCAUACAUACAACAUUUAAAAGAUCAAAUAAAAGCUCUGCCAGUACAGUAAAACUGUAAACUAAAUGCAUCUCCUGGUUUAUAUUUAGAGUUUUAUUUAGGAAAUAAAUGAUGAAUCAUUAAUAAUACUCAUUAAAACACUCAAUAAUGUGUCAAUGGAUUUUAAUUUCUGAAUCCUUUAUGCACCUCUAGAAUUGUCACAAAAUUCAGUAAUUGAACAGAACCGCUUGAUUAUUUUAAUUUACUGAAUAUUCUGUUUUUAUUUGGAGUGAAAAGCCCAGAUGAAGCUCGAUUUAAAACAUUUUACUGUGAUGAUUAAGCUACAUUUUGUUAACAUUUAAGUAUAGUUUUAUUUUUAGUUAUUUUUACAACAUUUACUAAAGUAUACAAUUUUUUCAGCACUGAAAAGCAGAUUUUAAAAGCAGAUUUUGCCCUGAUUUAACCAACACUAAUGAAGUUAUGAUUGUUUCACUUAUUGUUGACUAAAACCACUUAGUUUAGAUCUUGCCACAUUUUUCAGCUUGUUAAUUUUAUAAUCAUAUAUCAUAAUAAUAACAUUAUUUUUAACAUUUUGUUAUUUUUUAAUAAAUAGUGUAACACAUGUAUUGCAUAUUUUAGUUAAUUUGACCAAAUAGGGCCUUAUUUAAAGUGCAAUGGAUUUUUGUAUUUAUUUUAUUUUAUGCCUCACUUUAUAUUUCUUACACUAAAUAUAUAAUAAUGAACUUAAUUUUAUUUAAAGUACCACCUCAAAGUGCUUUACGCAUAUGUGUGUGUGUGUGUAUGUAUAUCAGCAAUAGUACACUUGCAACAGUGCAAAAUUGCUGUAUAUGGGCACUGGUGGGAGGCGUGCGUUUGCUCGAGGAUGCAGGCCGAGUGCCUUAGUGUCCCACCAGUGCUGAUAUACAGCUGUAUCGUACUGCUACCCUUGUGAUAUUACAUUCAGUUUGACGGCACAAUCGUGUGUAUAAAAAACAAAAUCAAACAGAGUCUCAAAAACCCUUUUGUAUGAGGAACUACUUUCUUCCGCCAUUCAUUCAGAUCUGCAGCUGACGUCAGGACAGCAGACACCGCUGCUCAUUCACCAAUGUCACUGUAGAGCUAGUGUUUGAAUGAUUCUCUAGCGUAAUGUCUAAACUGAUGACAAAACAUUUUAAGAUGAUAAGGCUGAACUGCAUGAAAUGCCAUCAGUCUACAGAUCUCCCAGUAUUUCUCUGCUGCCUCAUAAGUACAUUAUGCUGUCCGAGAGCUGCAAUGUUUGUCAAACUGUAGUGAGUUUAUUGAUCUGCUGUCAGUCUAUGUGAGCGGAGUAAUACACGAGUGAAGAGGCUGUACAAGUGCUGAUAUGGCAGAAUAUCACAUUGGCUAUCAGCCAAUCAGAUUCGAGAACCAGACAGAACUGUUGUAUAAUUAUUUACACAUACAUGCAAACAUGCAUACAUACACAUGCAUUAAAACUAGAUGCAAAGCAAAGUUAAUACAAAUAAAGUUAUAUAUUAAACUGAUUUAUUUAUUUAGCAAAUAUGUUAUCCAAAGCAUUAGUGACAUGAAUAUCCCGCAAAAUAUUAGUUUUGUUUAGUUAUUAAUUAGACUUUAUUUCUAAAAUAAUUUACUAGAUUAAAAGCAUUUUAAAUAAAUAUAGAAUAUAUAAAGGCACAUACAACGAUACAUGCAUUAAAAACAAACAACAAAGCCAAGAUAAUAAAAAUAAACAUUUAAAAUUGAUUUAAUUAUUUAGCAAACAUUUAUCCAAAUCAUUAGUGACAUAAAUACUAGCCCCUCACUCCUAAAAAUAAUAAUAUUAAUUUAAUAAAAAAGGUGCUAAUAAAACUGACUUUACUUUAAUUAAUUAGAUUUUUUAAUUCCUGAAAUGGAUCCUAAACACAGUUUUUUAGGUAUUUCUUAUAUGGUAAAAUAACACAAACCAGAUAAUAAAUGCAACUCAAUGUUUGAUGCACCACACACAAUAAUGACAACACCACAUAUUUCAGAAGUUACUAACAUCCAACAUCAAAACAAUAAGAUAAAGUGGUGUUUCUGCUGGAUAAUUAGAUGGAAGAAUAGUUCUGCUUUUCAGUAUUGAGAGUAACCGCUCCGUCCUGUGUGUUUAUGCAGGAUUAAUAGAUGCAAAGUGCUUUUGUCCAAAAGCGUAACGUCACUCGCUACAGUUUUACAUGUUUGUAUAUUUUAUGCAGCGUUUUUGAAUUGUUUGGCUAAAAUGAACCGAUGUAUGAAAAUGUGGGAUUAAAUGAAAUCAGGGAUCCUGUUUGCACAUUAUUUUUAUCUGCAUUUCCUUUAUAUUGCCACAAUAAUAAUGGUCAUAUGUACACAAUGUUUAUGCUUUAUCUGUAUUUCUCCUUUCAUAUAUUCUAAUAAAUUAUUUCUUUAUUUGUCUAGAAA